AUGAGGAGAGCCCCGCCGGCUGGUGGGAAAUGCCAGCAGCAAGCGUGGACUGGGGCUGGAGAUGGCAAACUGAUGCUUGGCAGUGGCAAGCCACUGACAGCAGGAGAAGGUGGUGUGCGCAACGAACCAGCCAGCAGCAACCGAGCUGGACAGACAGCGGACGAUGGGCGCAAGGCACCAGAGCAAUCUGGGCCGGGAUCGGCUGGGGAAGAGAAGGAUAUCGCCAUGGAGAAGGUGCAGUGUGAUCCGGACAAUAGUGUCUGCUGCCUGCCCCCAAAAUCGGACUCCUCACAUGGAACACCGGCUGUGUGGAACAGCAUGGCCACUGUGUCCGUCAACAAGGUAGUGAAAGCUCGCUUUGAGAAAACAGCCCAGCAGACGCGGUACCCCACGGCUGCCCACCUGCUGGCUGACUACCUGCACACACGAAUCAAAAAGACCAGGUUUCCGCAUGUCUUCGCGCUCAACGAGGGAGCGCAGACUUCCCUGCGUACAGGCGCUUUGAUCACUGAGUCCAUGCCACCUGGGCAUGAGCUGGUGUUCCACGGAACGCAGUUUGGAGCACUGGCCUCGAUCCUUAAGAAGGAGCUCCCCAGCACCUCGCAGCGACAGGGCUGCAGGUUUUUUAUCCACAAGUCGCACAGUCGCCUUAAAGCACCUUGGAAAUCAAAACGGCAUUCCAGCAAAGUCACUGUCAAAGUAGUUACACGCUCGCAGAACAUGCCCGGUAAUGCUUUGCUAAAAGAGGGAAUAUAA